GUGCGCAGCAACCGAGAACAGUGAGAAAACGAGCGGCAUCAGAUAAAAGAUCUCAGCACCUGCUAGCCGCGAGGAACAUCAGAGGUGGUGAGUUGAAACUUGGACAAUAUCCUUAGGGCGUCCACCAACUAGCAUCUUAUUAAAUUGGAGUGAUACACCUGGUGAAACAAGAGUGGAUGAAGGUGGAGGAUGGUGCCAACGCACAAUUGCUAGAUUGCGCCAAACCAAUCUGAGAUUACAUAUUACUCAGAUCCGUAUUUUUCCUCGACUGAGUGAGUAUUCUUUAGUUAUGUGGAUUUGGAGAAGAGAAGGAGAUCUGCAUCGCUCCAUCCCAAGAGAAGCGCGCUACCAUUGAGAGACGCGCGGAGAAAACUCCUGCGGUAAAACAAGAGAAACGAAUAAACUCGCUCCAGAUUGGGACUUUUCAGUAAUCUUCUCAGAAAUGAGGGAGGGUUGUGUACCUGAAGUGUGAAGAAAGCCGAAAACAUUCUGUCCUGAACAAGCGCGCAAAAACAGUCUGCUAUAUUUCGGGACAACUUCAGGGGUGGAGGAUGUCAGCGUUGCGGAAGAAAUUUGGGGAUGAUUAUCAGGUGGUGACCACCUCGUCCAGCGGCGGCGGGUUCAACCAGGCGGCCCCCGAGAAGAAAAAGAAGCGUCAGCGCUUUGUGGACAAGAACGGCCGCUGUAACGUCCAGCACGGGAACCUGGGAGGAGAAACCAGCCGGUACCUGUCGGACCUGUUUACCACGCUCGUGGACCUCAAAUGGCGGUGGAAUCUGUUCAUUUUCAUCCUUACCUACACGGUGGCGUGGCUGUUCAUGGCCUCGAUGUGGUGGGUCAUUGCCUUUAUACGUGGAGAUCUUUACCAGGCCCACGAUGAUAAGUACACACCGUGCGUGGCCAAUGUGCAUAACUUUCCCUCAGCUUUUCUUUUUUUCAUCGAAACCGAGGCCACCAUCGGCUACGGUUACCGGUACAUUACAGACAAGUGUCCCGAGGGCAUAAUUCUGUUCCUCUUCCAGUCCAUCCUAGGGUCUAUAGUGGAUGCUUUUCUCAUCGGCUGCAUGUUCAUCAAGAUGUCCCAGCCGAAGAAACGGGCAGAGACGCUGAUGUUCAGCGAGCACGCGGCUAUUUCCAUGCGUGACGGUAAACUGACCCUCAUGUUCCGCGUGGGUAACCUGCGGAACAGCCAUAUGGUCUCCGCGCAAAUACGCUGCAAACUACUCAAAUCUCGUCAAACUCCUGAAGGUGAGUUUUUGCCUCUGGAUCAACUCGAACUGGACGUUGGUUUCAGCACUGGAGCCGACCAGCUUUUCUUAGUGUCUCCUCUGACGAUAUGCCACGUGAUCGACUCCAAGAGCCCAUUCUAUGACCUCUCACUGAGGUCCAUGCAGACAGAGCAAUUUGAGAUUGUGGUUAUCUUAGAGGGGAUCGUGGAGACCACCGGUAUGACAUGCCAGGCACGCACCUCGUACACAGAGGAUGAGGUUCUGUGGGGUCACCGUUUUUUCCCAGUAAUUUCUCUGGAGGAGGGGUUUUUCAAAGUCGACUAUUCACAGUUCCAUGGCACUUUUGAGGUUCCAACACCUCCACACAGUGUAAAAGAACAAGAGGAGAGCUUGCUCCUGUCCUCCCCCCUGACAGCCCCCUCUCUCUGUCACAGUGCAGGGGGGGUGACUGAGGGCAGCGGCACUCUGGAGGGUCUGGAUCUCCAGAGCGAUGCAGAAACUGGAUCCAUCAGUAUAGCAACCCCCAUGCCCACCAACAAAAUGCCUGCCAAAUUUCAGAAGCUAACGGGGCGGGAUGUCCUCAUCCGGGAUGGAAUGCCUCGAAAGCUUCUGCGCAUGAGCUCAGAGAUCACAUACAACUUGGGGGACCUACCUGUCAAACUCCAGCGAAUCAGCUCAGCUCCAGGUGUGGCAGAGGAGAGGCUUCAGCCAAUCAGCGGUGUAAUUAGCUCCAUGGAGGACAGGCUUACAUCCAAGAUGGGCUUGGUUGGCGGAUUCGAACCCAUCAGCCAAUCAGUGACAGAUCUACCCCCAAAACUGCAAAGGUUGGCUGGAGGGGUUGGGGUAGGUGGAGUCGGAAUCGGAGGAAGAAUGGAUGGCCAUCUGCCUCCCAAACUGAGAAAAAUUAAUUCCGAGAGGUUCACAGGGUUAAGUUUCAAAUGAACAGACUUCUAUAUAUACAUGUUUUUCCCAUUUAUCUCUUCUGAAAAUACAAUUCAGUAAAAUAGACAAUCUAUACUUCUAGCAAUUAAUGUAUGGAUAAAAUAUUAAACAAAUGCUAAUCCUCUGCACAAUCUGGAAUGUUUGGACUACAAACAGCAUGAAAGAAUUCCUUUUCAAUACCUAAUUACAGGUAAUAGAUAUUAUUACAAUGUUCAUUGAUGAUUCAGUAUAUAAUCUUUUAUAUUAGCCUAUUAGCCAAACGUCUUUUGAGGGCUUGCCUAUAUUAUGUACAUCUUAAAUAAAGAACAUCAAUAUAAUUAUCAGAGUUCAAUGUCAGUGAUCCCUGAUAAUCCACAACAGCAUUUGGUUUUUAAAAAAGCCAAUGACUGUAAACCUGAGUUAGCCAUUUGUGUUUUUUAUCGGUAGAUUGGUUAUUGUGGUUCACAAUAACAAAUUGAUAGAUUAGUUUCUCUGGUCUUCUGACUUAAAGAAAUGGGCAUUUAUUGAAAUAUAACACAUUUAUGGAUGAACUGACUCAGGUUUUUUUUUUUUAAUCUAUUGCAUGAUUUAUUAUUUCAUAAUCAAGCCAGAUUAUCUCACGUUGAAAAUUAAGCCUUAACUAUAAGUUGCCAAAUAUAAAAUACUGUAAAAUACCAAACAUGAAAGCCCAAUUAUCGACAUUUAGCUCAAGAAGUAUUUCAUAAAUAAUUAAGACAAUGUGGAGUUAUUUUCAGAGCUACCUGUCGAAAAAUAAGGCACACAGUAUUUCACAUUUGACUCCUAAUACUUAAUUGUGUAUAUUUUGUAUAUGAUGGUUUGUCAAUGAUUGUUUCCUGCUGUUAUUUGUUUAGCAGUUUAGCAUAUUUUCUGGACCUGAAUGACUUGAGUAUUGUGGACAGAUGGGUUAAAGUAAAAAAAAAAUGGAUAUGUUUAUCAGUUUUAAUAGGCUUUAUAGAUCUUAAAGAACUUGUCAAUGUUGUUAUGCCUUUGUUUAAAUCUUGUGUUUGAAAACCAAAGCAAUAAUAUUAUAAAUUGCAGUGGAACUUCUGACUUGACAAAUCUCGUACCUUAUGUUAUGUUAACGUUAAAUGGUUUCACAGUUUUAUAAUUGUGUUUAUCUCAAUACAUUCUAUUCUACUUCUGACAAAUAUUAGGAUUGCAGUUGGAGUGGUUUUCAAUACUGUAAUAAAUGUUUUAUGAUGCGUUGUAAGUCUGUUAUAAGAGGGAACUAAUGAAGGAUGAACGUUUAUCUGAAGCCAUCACAAAAGAAGUCCAAAAUGAAGUUUAGAGGGGACUUGCCUAUGUUUAAAAGCAUAUAAGCUCAUUAGUAUUGGUAGAGGUCUUCCCCACAAAUAAAGCAGUUUGAUCUGGUUUGACCCAGCCGUGUUGUGACUGGCAGCUUACUGCCCGAUGCUGCUCUUUGGAGGAGUCGCACAGAUUGCUUCAAAAGCCUUGAGAAAUCUGUACUUUACUGCUUUUCUGAAGGACUGUCCAUAUUCAAUGUGGUAAACUUUUUACACAGAGAACUUUAACCUCCCAAGACCCCGCAUCCACAUGUGUGGACAUAAGGUUUUGGUUUCGCUAUUCAUAAAGGCUAUUCAUAAUUUCAUUUAAACUGACUGAUCUCAGUUCUAGGUUGUCAUUAAAGUGUUAAACAUUUGACGCAUUGAGUCAUGUGACAAUACAACAGGGUGCUGAUCUCAGCUGAUUUUGUCUGUGGGAGAAACGACAACACAACUACAUCUGGAAAGAAACCUCAUUAAAUUUUUACAUUUAAACCUGUUUGAGUCGAAAUAUUAGAGUCUCUAGUUUCAUCCGUUAAAAUUUAAAAAAAGUAAUAGAUUUAUCAUGAAAUGGCAAGCUGGGAAACACAAUGACCACGUACGUGGACUAUAGGCUAAUUUUCCUUAAAAUAUCCUAUAUUCACUGUGCAUUAUCACAUUGAGAAUUAAUGGAUGCAUCCAAAAACUGAAAAAUUUAGAUUUCAGAGGCUGUAUAUGGAGUAAGAUUGAAAAUAAGGUUUAUUUCAAACUGUUCUGAGACCAGUGGAGACAGACCCGCACACUGGAGGUUAAGUCAUUCCAUAAUUAGGGAGCAUCCUAUAGCUUUCCUAUGCAGCCAAGUGCAUUCACUCCUAAUAUCUGGUCAAAGGUUCAGUUUUAGGCUGCAGAGGAUGUUUGGACCACUGAACAUGUUUGGCAAACAUGGUUCAAUUGUAAUCAGUACAUAGAUUCAGAACUGAUCAUGUAGAAUUUUAUUUUACCAUGGUUGGCAGUGAUUGAAUGCUGCUGGCCAUUAUUUUGAAUCAGAAUUAUGCAUGUUAAUUUCUGAUGUAAUGUCUGUCACCUCUCAAGAACGUAAUUAUACAACAAUACUGGAAAAAUAAUAACAAUUUGAUAAAGCAAAUCGGACUUUCUAUAGCUUUGUUCAACGGCUUUGUUUUUCAUAUAAUGUAAUUUGUAUAAUUCGGAAUUCGUAUAAUGUCUGUGUGUGGGAGUGAGGGUUUUUCCCACAGAUAACAGAUAAUAUAGAAACUGUUUAAUUACUCAAGUGUAUCAAGCUUUGAUACAGCUCAAGCCUUCGUUGCUAGUUCGAAAAUGUAACUUUAGAACUAGCAACGGAGGAUGCGCUGCUUUUUGGCGUGUGUGUGAGCAAGAGAGAGGGUAAGGGUUAGCGUGGUGCUUUCAUUAUAGCUAUUAAUUUAAACAUAAAAAGUUCACAUAUUAAAAGUUAUUUUGGA